UAGAAAGAUACUAAAAUUUUCAUUUUGUUGCCCUCUUUUUUCUUGUCUUCCUCAGCAUUCAAGAUCUUCCAUGGCAACGAUUCUCAAUGCCGUAAUAUCUCAAUUUCCCAUCUCAAAACCGUCUCCUUCUUUCCAGUUCCACAACCGCAACCACGUCUCUCUCUCGUCAAAACUCUCAUUUAAAUCGGUUAAUAUUACUACUCGAACCCAUAAGAAUCCAUCCUCCAUAAAGUGUUCAAUUUUAGAUAAAACGAUUGAGGGCCUACGUGCCUCCGGAAGAGGGUAUGAUGCUGGCACGCUAGGUUACAAGACAGACACAGGCCCUGACCUUCUACACAUGAUUCACGGCUAUCACAGUUCCAUGAAUGAAGUACCUGGGAAAGAGGGCGACGAUGUAUUAUCCAAGCUUCGAAAUGUGAUCUCAAGCCUCAUGAGUGAAGAACGUUACCAAGAUGCUCUUGAGAUCAACCAGUGGAUAAAUAACUGGAAAGAGAGGGACGAAAUGACACCGGAGGACACUGCUAGGGAGGUGUAUUUGAUUGCAAGAGUGCAUGGAGUUUCAAGUGCUGAAAAAUACUUCAUGAAAUUGUCAGAUGCCAUGAAGGAUGAAAGAACUUAUAGCGCUCUCUUGAUUAGGUAUAUGGAUGCCAGAAUGCAAAUAAAUGCUGAAUCCUUUUACAAUAAAAUGAGAAAUGCGGGUUAUGCCAGUGAUGAAAUUUCAUUCUUUACGAUGCUGAAAUUCUAUGAGGACCUUAAAGAUAAUGAGAAGGUUGAGUUAUUGAUCUCAAAAAUGAUAGAGGAAAACAUACCAUUAAGUAGACAUUCCUUCAAUAUUUGGCUGUGGUCCUGUCAAAAUCAAGAAUCUUUGGAUAAAUUAUUUAAACAGGCGCAGCGGGAAACCACCUGCAGGUCCUCUUUGGAUCGCUUCUCCUCAAUAGCUAUUAUGUACAAUGAGUUAGGGCAGCUUGAAAAGGCUCAGGACUGUUUGAACGAAAUUGAGAGUAGAAUCACGGACGAGCAUCACAAAUUCAGAUAUCUUGUUGGUCUCUGCGAUCAACUUCACAACAAACAGGAGCUUUACCGAGUUUGGGAAAAUUACAAGUCUGUCUUUCCAAAAUACUCGUAUGAUUGCUACUCGUCAGUAAUUUUUUGUUUGUUUGAAAUGGAUGAUAUUGAAGAUGCUGAAAAGAUUUACGAGGAAUGGCUUUCCCAACCUGAUGGUUCUGAUUCUGAAGAUAUUAUUGAAGAGCUUGGUAAUGAUGAUUCUGAUUCUGAUUCUAAUUCUAAUUCUAAUUCUGAUUCUGAUUCUGAUUCUGAUUAUGGAGAUGUUAUUGAUGAGCCCGGUAAUUACAAAAGAAAUUAUCUAUUGCAUUGUUAUGUUAGAAAAGGGCUUUUUAAAGAAGCUGAGACGUUCUUCAACCAAAUGAUUGAAGUGGGAAUAAAACCGAAUCCAUUUAUGUGGGAGAAUCUUGCCCUGCUCCACAUCCAAGAGAGGAGGAUUUCUAAGGCUCUGUCUUGCUUACGGAAAUUCUUUUCAGCUAGGGGUAAAGGUUGGGAAACGUGUCUUCCAAGUCCUAAGACUGUCCGUUACAUUCUCGAGAUUUGUUUCGAAGAAUCUGAUGAUGCAAGUAAGGAAGCCUUGUAUCAGAUCUUCGAGGAAGCCCGUAUCAGUAAAUCAAGUGUUGAAUAUUUAGUCACACCUCAUCUCUUUCUAUAAUUCAACAGUAUUGUAGAUUUCCCUUUUAUUAUUUUUUUCUCAGAAAUUUUAUAUGUAUUUUUCUUUAAUAAUGUUUUUUCUCUUAUCUAAACAUUACUAGUCUUGUGCCUUGCAAUGCACGGGUUCUGUGAUUUUGAAGGUAACGUUACCGUGCUUGAAGAAUAGAUUCGUACUCCUUGUUUC